AUGGCGUUGGACAAAAAGGAGCAGAGGAAGAUCGAGAAGCGCAUCAACGGGUCUGCGAAAUCGGUGAUGGAAGUCACGAAAGAGAAGGUGCAGAUCUGGCUGGCGCAGGUGGUCGUGACGGGGAGCAAGCGGUUGUGGAACUACGAGUUGAAAUCCCUUUUGGCGGAAACCUGGCGGUUUUCUUUGACCGCAGUGAGAACGAUGAACGUGUUGAUGUCUUUACCGAAAGGAGCGCCGUCGCUCGAUCCGGAUUACGCCUGGGGAAAAGCGGCUGCGAAUGCUGCUGCUGGAGACCAAGGUAACGACCAAUACAACCCUGAAAUUGCAAUAAACCCCUUCGCGCGGUUCCAGCGGCAAUCCGCGCUGUUUGAGCACCUGUACGCGGACCAAAGCCGCUGGACGGUCAACUUCCAGCAGCAAGCCCACCAUUCCGUGGCCGCGGAGGUGGACAUUCUGUUGCAGAAGUGGAAAAUGGGGGUCAGGAGCAAGUACCUCGAGUGCGAAAUGUUUUUGCGGACGUAUGAGAAGGAUGAGGGGAACUACCAGAAGGUGAUGAUGCGUGUGCACGGCAACGAUUUGGCGGAGAACAACGAUGAGCACGCGUGGACGGAGAUCGAUGGGGGGCUAGAGCACAUGAUCAACCAGCAGACCAACGUCGCGACAGGCAUGAUGGCUGUCAUGACCGAAAUGACCGGUGGUGGUGGCGCCCCGCCUCCAGCAGGAGAUGUUAAUUCAGAUCCCUCUACUGGCACACAGGGUGCAGCGAAUGCCUUUGUCGCGACCGCGAGAAAAGCGUAUGCAGAAAAAGCGAAAAUCGGGUUUGACGCCGCGAAGGCCGGUCUGGGCACAGCCAUGACGAAGAUGAGUGUUGUGUCGAAUAUGAUGAAGGGAAAGCCCCCGACGCUGUCGUCCAUGUCGUCCAUCGCGACAGCAGGUGGUGGAGGUGUGAAAACAGACCUGCUGGAAGCGAAUAAAGCGCAGAAGGAGGCGGAACAGAAACAUGCGGCCGAGCAACAGAGGGACAACGAGGAC